CGUUCUGGGCGACUUCCCCCUUCAUGGCAACGGCGGGAAGGCGGCGGCGGUGGCGGCGGACGAGCUAUCGUCGCUUGCGCUGAAGAGAAAUACAUUUGUACUAAAAGCAUUAAAUUAAAAAAAAUUACAAACAGUGGCGAACGUUCAAAAAUAUAUACGCAAGAUCAAAUUGCAACUAAGAUGAAGAAAUCGUCCCGCCGUUUGUUGGCGUUGCUUUUCCUCUUCAGUUUUUCAUCGUCUUUUAUGUACUUCAUUUACGUCGCACCGGGCAUAGCAAACACGUACCUGUUUGUGAUCCAAGCACGCACCAGUGAGGUGCAUCGAAGCCUGGGGAAUUUCUACGCACAGGUGAUCCGGGUUGGCAUGAGGGCGCCAAACUCGUCCCUAAACGAUACUGAAUCGACAGCGUACCGGAUAAACUCGAGUGAUUAUCAGAUGGAGAUGACCACUUACCUGCCAGCAGGAUUUACUUAUCGGCCAGACCACAUUUGUCCAGAGCGACUGCCAUCCAUGAAGGGUGAGAUGGAGGUGAAUAUGAGCGAGGUGAGCAUGGGGGAGGUGUCUCGCCAGCUGGCGCGCGACAUGCAUAUCGAGCCUGGUGGAUUCUGGAGACCCUCGGAUUGCCAGCCUCGCUGGAAGGUGGCAAUCCUGAUCCCCUUCCGCAACCGGCAUGAGCAUCUGCCCAUCCUACUCCGGCACCUGCUGCCGAUUCUGCACCGCCAGCGGCUGGAGUUUGGCAUAUUUGUUGUGGAGCAGGCGGGUAGCCGACUCUUCAACCGUGCAAUGCUCUUCAAUGCGGGCUUCAUGGCUGCACUGCGCUCAUACUCCUGGGACUGCUUCGUGUUUCACGAUGUGGACCAUGUGCCUGAGAAUGACCGUAACUACUACGGGUGCAGCGAGAUGCCUCGCCACUUUGCUGUCAAGCUGGACAAGUAUGCCUACAAGUUGCCGUACACUGAAUUUUUUGGCGGCGUGUCGGGCCUUACUACAGAACAGUUCAAGACUAUCAAUGGAUUUCCCAAUGCCUUUUGGGGCUGGGGUGGAGAGGAUGAUGAUCUCUGGAACAGGGUCACGUUUGCCGGCUACAAUGUGAGCCGGCCAGAGGGAGAGAUCGGGAGGUACACAUCCAUCCCCCAUCAUCACCGUGGCGAAGUUCAGUUUCUGGGACGGUACUCUCUGCUGAGACGUUCGAGGGAGAGAAGCCAGCUUGACGGCCUCAUCAACCUGCGCUUCGAGCCCACAGUCAGUGUGGAGCAGCUGUACACCAACAUUUCCAUUCAUCUGACACCUGACCUCGCGCCUGUGUCGGAUUACUAAGACGCAUGCGCACGUUCGGAAUAUCACUUAUUAAAACGCGUCUCUUUACACGUCACCUCUAAGCAGAAGCAAGCGUCUAGUUUUCGUGGCAGCUCUAUUUACACGUCAAUAUUUGAUGAGUUGUACUGCACAGUGCUAAAGUCCCAAGCUGGGCCAACACACUUCUGCAGAACCGCUGGCUUCCUUAGCUCUUUAUUUUCAAGUGAUGUGGAGGGUAUUGUUGAACAAAAACAAAAUUAGCUCGUCAUCGCUGAUAAUGCUGUAGAUUAUAGUGGUCUAGCUCAAGAUCUAUCGUUUUAUUUUACUUCAAGCUAUUCAAGUCAUCUAGCUCAAGUGCAUCUAAAACAAGUGUUUCCCCAUACCUUAAAAAAUUUGGAGGUCAAUAUUAUAAUUGUAAAAUGUUGUGUGUUGGCAUCUCAGUGCAAUUGCAUAUGUAUAUAUUUCUUGAUGUCUUAAUUUAAAUACAAUGGAGAUAGUGGCUGGCAAAUUGGUGUAGUUAAUAUAACUACCUUUACAUUUAUGGUAAUUGACUUGACUAUUGCACUAUGCUUUAUAAUGUCUGAUUCAUAUGUUGUUGUGAUCUGGCUAUGGUUUGUGUAGCUUUGGUAUCUUGAAUUCACUGGUGUUUGUGAACUUGGGGUGAAAUUUGUAUUUAAAAGUAGUUGCUUUCUAAAUUAGUUGAAUCGGCACAAUUUUUUUAUAUUAGCAGCUGUUCAUAUCUCUAUUCAGAAUUCAUGGUUUUGCCUUGUUUAUUGACAUUGACUUGCCCAUUGUGAAUAAUGUUGUGAGGCCAUUACCAAUGGUGUCCAAAUUUCUUACAAAGAGUGAUCUGUCAUCUGACCUACUAAGAGGCACCGAGUUAAAAUCAAAACUAAAUACAUCAAAACUAUAUUUAGUAAUAAAAUAAGACGAAAGUUUGAUAAAGGAAGUUGGUGUGUUAGCAGAUUUAUGCUGAGCCCCAUCACCGGUUUUUAAUUGUUUGAUUCAGAUUUUCCCGACUGGCUUGGAUAUGGUGCAUGUAAUUAAAGUGCAAACAGAAAAGAUACACAGAAUGCAAUUAAGUACUUUGUUAUCAAACAAUUAAAGUAGCAUGCCGCUAAAUGGUUUGCAAGUACAAAACCUGGGCAAUAUUUCACGAUGCAGUACAAACAAGGUACAUUGUGCACAAUGUGCAUUUCAGUCCAUUCAUUUCUGGCCACUGAUUGAAUGCGGCAACGUAUCCAGAUGCGCGCUCGGAAAGUGCAGAGCCCCACUGCUGCCACAUUUGUGUUUUGUAUGAUUUGUUGUUGUUGCUGUGGGGCAGUGUCGCAUCGUCACAUCGACAAGCGCGCACAGAGCAGCAGUGUGAGAGACUGGUGUGCGUGCCCGUGCGACUGGUUCACACCUCCCACGGUUGGUUGACAAUGUCGAGGGUGAAAAAGCUUGUGUUGGGGGCUCAAAAGGGCAGCUCGGAAAUUGUGGGUGCGUCGUUUAAAAUUGAACGACAAGUCCUCGUGUUGUUUUACUGGAAGCCCCACUCGACAAAAACGGCUGCAGUGAUUACGCACAGAUACUGCGUCUGUCACUGGCAAGUGCGCCUGCCCUGCAGCACCCUGGCGUGUUGUCAGACAUGCUUUGUUGAUGUGUUGUAACGUGACAAUAGCCAGAGGUUUUCUUGAGGGACAAAAAUAUUUUAAGCUUUCACCUUUAAUGUAUGGCAGCAAUAUCUAACAUUUCAUUUUCUGUAUAGCUUGACACAUUUCUGCUGCAUAUUAGGAGUUUACUAGUACACCGAUUCUUACCAUAUCACAAAAAUAGAAUGUUUUGUCAUGUUCUUGUUAGCGAGUAAUUUAUUAAUUUAUCAUUCUUAUUCAAUUUGCUACUGUUAUUUAAUAUUGUUUGGCAGUUUUUUUAUGACACUGAUUUUUUUUUAAUAUUCAUGUUUUUGCCUUUUUACAUUUGAAAUAAACAGUUUAUUUUGUUAGUUGUGGAUUUAUAUUUUUUGAGCUUUAUUUAUUAACGACAUAAGACUAGCUGACAUUGAUGUUAAUUGCUGCAUGAUGCUGGUCAUUGUGCGCCAUUCUUGAGCUUUAAAUUUUUAGCUUUGUUUAAAUUUUCGUUUCAGUAAAAUUUUAUUUUGUCGGGACAUAGCGUAACGUACUACUUACAAGGCUACACAGGAAUUUUUAGCCUUAAAAAUGUAUUCUGUCACUUGCUAUGAGCUGAAUUAUAUAAGAUAUGCACAUUACAAUUUUGUUAUGCUGUAUGAUUGUUUAAACAACCUGUCCAUAUGAAAAUGUGAAUCAUACAAAUGCAAUAAAGCAGUGAUGAAUUAAACCAUU